AUGAGAGACACAGAGGUAUACGCCCCUAUUGCAGUACCGGAGCAAAAGGCAGGAACAGAGAGAAAAUGGUGUGCAAACAAAACAUUCAUUACUGAAUUAUACCUUCCAAUGUAUCUAAGAGACUUUGGAGAUGAACCAUCUUUUGGGAACUUGCAUUUUCCCACAUAUCUGCAAGAUAAAAGUAUCAAUUAUAGUACUAGUAAAGCAUGGCUUUCAAUAUUUUCAUUGCCUCGUCAUCAUAUAUGGAGGAUUCCGAGGUUGAGUGUAAUGCAAGGAAAUGCAGACUCUAAAAGUAGAGGCUCGGAAUCCCAGGUUCCGAGGCAGUUUGGUCAUCCCAGGUUCGAGUGGUUUGUGAUGUUUCAUGUGCGAAGGAGGUGUGAAGUAUAUGUUGCUGCUUAUGCUGACACGUGUCUACUACCUACAGAAGUGAAGAGUGCACCAGAAUGUGACAUGUGGGGCUUUGGGACAGGUGGUGGUCUCUGCGUGGCUCUCUCAUUUGAGUCAUCUCAUCACCAAAUCAUUGAAAUUUGGGUCAUCUUACCAAACCACAACCCAGAAAACGGGAUGGACGUCUCUCCACACUAG